AUGAUGUGCGGGGCGCCCACCGCCGCGCAGCCCGCCACGGCCGAGACCCAGGCCAUCGCCGACCAGGUUAAACCCCAGCUGGAAGAACGGGAAAAUAAGAAGUAUGCUACAUUUAAGGCUGUGGAGUUCAGAAGCCAGGUGGUUGCCGGGAUGAACUACUUCAUCAAGGUUCAAGUUGACGAUGAUGAGUUUGUGCACCUUCGAGUAUUUCGAAGUCUUCCUCACGAAAACAAGCCUGUGGCCUUGUCCAGCUAUCAGACCAACAAAGCCAGGCAUGACGAGUUGGCGUAUUUCUAGCUCCCACUCUGAAUAGGGCUCGUCCAUGUGGUUCUGUCCUCUGUGAACAUGCCUGGGAUCAAAAAUGUCGUUUCUACACGGGGCCACUUGGGGGGGGGAUGUCACCACCUCUUUUGCGACUCUGUUCCUGAUUUUCAGCGGGAGAGACAAAGUCAACACAGUCACUGAUCUUAAUUACUGUCAAAGAGGGCUUAUAUUCUCUUUAAAUACAUAUUUUUAAAUCUUUAUGAAC